AUGGUGCGGGAGCAGAACAGGUGGGCCAACGAAGCUUAUCGUGGGGAUUCGCCCUGGCAGCCUAUGGCCUUUGACAGGGGGCACCCCGAUGCCGUGGACAUGAAGAUUGGAUUCAAACUCGUAGAUGUCAAGAUCGUGACCGACCGUGAAUGUGCCCAGAGAGGGUUCACGGACUGGGGCCGCAGCCUGACUCGUAAGUACAAUCCGAAGCCGUUAGAGCAGCUUACCAUUGUCAUUGUCACAGACGACAUGUCCGGUGUCCUGGGGCAGACGCAGUUCCCUUUCGACGUUCCAGAGGACAGCCCUGAGCAGAUGGUCGUGGUGUCGGCCGAGGGGUUCCGGAGCUUCCCCAGUCAGAACUUGGGCAAAGAGUCGGAUAUGCGGUACGACGAGGGGGACACGGUGGUGCACGAGGUUGGGCACGCGCUCGGCCUAUACCACACCUUCCAGUCGGGCUGCCAGAGCGGGCAAGGGGGCGACUGGGUCGACGACACGAACCCAGAGAUGUUCCCGCAUUUCACCUGUGACAGGUCCUCCUCCUGCCAUUCGCCCGACCCAGUCCGCAACUUUAUGGACUACACGCCGGACUCGUGCAUGGUGGGCUUCACGGAGGGGCAGAAGCGCCGCGCCUGGUGCGUGCUCGAGAAGACCCGGCCCGCGCUCUUCAGGAGGUCGCUGGCCGUGGACCCGACGGGCUAA